UAAUAUGGAAUGCAGCAGGAAGCCCACGAUUUCCUGACGCUCGGCAAGCCGGAGGAAGCGAGGGGGGAAACUCCGUUUAAAAGCCCUGCUCUCCUCCAUGUUAGCUGUGUGGUGGAAAACCAGGCAGGAGUUAUCCAAAUCCCACCGUGUCAUCAGCCAGGCUGGGGAUGGGGAGGGCAGAGUGAGACUCUCACAGGCUGCUGAAAUUUCGAGACUGCCAGGAAGUCCCGGCAAGUCUGUGCAAAUGAGAACGCCUUAACUCCAGCCACUGGGGGGAAAGGGACAGACCUUUGUCAUCCCUCCUGCCAAGAGUGUGCUACCUUUCUCUUCCAGCAUGGUGAGCGGCGGGGCUUGUGUGUGUCUGGGCCGUGCCUGGGCGAGCCAGCCCAGCCACCGUCAGGCCGCCUGAGCUCCAGCCUGGGGCCGGUCCCACCGCUCCAUGCGCUGCAGAAGCCCCAGCCGCAGCAGCAGCAGCAGCAGCAGCAGCAGCAGCAGCUGGAGCCGCCAACAUGAGCUACAGAGAGGGGACUGACAGCAGCUGCGGCUGCGGUGGGCGCGACGAGAAUAGGAUCCUCAAGUGCGUGGUGGUCGGGGACGGCGCGGUGGGGAAGACCUGCCUGCUGAUGAGCUACGCCAACGACGCCUUCCCGGAGGAGUACGUGCCCACUGUGUUUGACCACUAUGCAGUUACCGUGACGGUGGGAGGCAAGCAGCAUUUGCUUGGACUGUACGACACCGCAGGACAGGAGGAUUACAACCAGCUGCGGCCACUCUCCUACCCCAACACUGACGUGUUUCUCAUCUGCUUCUCUGUCGUAAACCCUGCCUCUUAUCACAACGUCCAGGAGGAGUGGGUCCCGGAACUGAAGGACUGCAUGCCUCACGUGCCUUACGUCCUCAUCGGGACCCAGAUUGAUCUCCGGGAUGACCCCAAAACCUUGGCACGACUCUUGUACAUGAAGGAGAAGCCCCUCACCUAUGAGCAUGGCGUGAAGCUGGCAAAAGCGAUUGGAGCACAGUGCUACUUGGAAUGUUCCGCCCUGACGCAGAAGGGUCUCAAAGCGGUUUUUGAUGAAGCCAUCCUCACUAUUUUCCACCCCAAGAAAAAAAAGAAAGGCUGUUCGGAGUGCCACAGCUGCUGUGCAAUUAUCUGAAGUUGCCUGAGACCUGUCUACCUGCCAUCCAAAGGUGUGAAGAGCAGCCAGUCUCUGGGACCCACCUCUAGCCAAAAGGGAGGGUAUGACCAGAAAGGAAUCCCUGCAUCCCGAAGGCCUGUCCCUCUGCUCUGCCAGCUUCCCAGCUCAGCAUCCUGUCACCACUGCCUCCUCCCCAGGCUGGAGCACACACACUGCGCGUGGAGAACGCUGAGCCACAUUCAGACAAUGCGCUGGGGAGGUGUUGGAAGCAAGUCACAACUGUCCUGUACUUCACAUCUCCCCUUCCACGGAUGUGAGCCAACAGGAAGUCAUGCUGGAAAACUAAGCACUCUGUCCUGCAGUGGGGGCCUUACUUCCUGUGUUUGCCAACUUGGGAAUACAAUGCCGACAUUUUUCCCGAGACUGUUGUUCCGGCCAAGUGUCUUAACGUUUGUUUCUAUUACAGUUUCCUGAGGUCCAGUCAUUGGAGCCUCGCAAGUCCGUAUCAAAAUAGUUCAAAGACAAGCUGGAUUAUGCUCACUCCUAUUAACAGUGGGUCUCUGUCAAUGUCCUUAGAGCCAACAUGUACCUCUGAAUGCCUGAUUACAAAACAAAAGCAAAAAACAAAAACAAAAAAACUUUACAACUUUUAUAAACUGCCAGACCUCUAAUUUUUUAGCCUUUUUUAAAAGAAAACAUCCUGUGAAUUAUUACACCUUCCCCAGUUUUGCCAAAGAUUCAUCCUACAAAUGCUUCAGGUGAUAGGGGGCCUGGCUCUUGCAAACAUCUACUGCCGUUCAACCUGAAAAUGGACAGUCUUUGAAGAAAGAAAUCGAUUUCUGCUUUUCAUCUAAUUUGGUCAGGACAAGAAUAUGGCAAAAGCCAUCUUCCUGACCCAGCAGAGUGGGCCUGCCCCACCCUCACAGGUCUGUGCCUUCCCUCCAGUCUCACUUUCUCCUGUACCCAGGAGAAACUGGGGAACACUGUGUUCCCCAGUCACAGCCUGGGGAAAAAGAAAAAGACCUUAAAAGGAAAUAGUGGGGGAGGGCUCUGGACACCAGACAUGAAAAAUGUGUCCCAGAAUCCUUCAGGGUCAAAGUGCCUUAACUCUUCUACCUGCUUCAGCUGAAAGCACUCCUUGGCUUGCCCAUGUUAAGUUUCGGUUCAGGACAGUUUCCAGUUGCAGCCAGUGUGAAAAUUAUUGCCUCUCUCCCUCUUUCCUUAACUCCUUCUCCCAAAUGUCCAUGGAGGAUAAGCUGAAGUGGAUCCCAUUCCAGGCUGAGGCACUGCACCUAAUGGGGAGUUUGUUCCUGAGCAGGAAAAGCUCCCAGUGAGAAAUCCUGCACCUUUCAACGUGACAAUUCCCAAACAGCCAGGGACUCUCUGUGUUUUAAUUAGAGGCUGUGAUUGACCCUGAUUGGUCUUAUUUGCUUACAAAUGCCCUGGAAUUACCCAGGGAAGCUGAUUUCUCCUUUUUUUUUUUCUUUAUUGCAUCAGUAAAUCAUAUCUUAGCAAUAUGAAAUUAUUUCACUUUUUCUGGAUUGAAGCUCCAUCUGUUGGGAAAAGCAUCCCAAUCUUUCUAGUCUUUUCUGCUCAUAAAGGAACCACAGAAGAGAAUUGUAUGAUAUGGGUCUUCUUAAGACCUUCCAUGACACCCCUUCAGUCUUUGGGGGUUUGUUUGUUUGUCUGUUGUUUAGAAUUUCUGAAAUGUAUUUUUGCUUCCUCUACAUGUCAGUACUGUUUGAUUUCUCUCCCAUAUAAUGGCAAAGAGUUUUCUGAAACACACACAUACAUGCAUAUCAUACAUACAUGCACACUCACAUACAUGCAUGCACAUGUGCCACUUAAAAGGAAAUAAGAGUUCUGUCUGCUUUCAUACAUAGAAAACAAAUAUGCAUGAGCCAUAAUGCUGUGGAGGGUAUUAUAUACCUUCAGCUAGGCAAUGAGUAUGUGAUCCUAUAAUGACAUUAGUGCUGUGAGCCAGUUUUGCUACAGUAUGGCAUAGUUACAUCUUGCUACCAGGCUGUUCCUCACUUCUUAUUUUUGUGGAGGAAAGACUGAAAGCAAAAUAUUGGCUCCACCAGGGAGAGUUCCCUAAAAUGUCCUGUCAACAGGCGGAUCUCUCCCCUAGCCAUCAGCUCCAAAAUGGACCAAUGAGAUUUCUAUAGCAGGACCUGAUUUGUUUCACAAAAAUGUCUGCUGCCCCAAGGUUGAAUAACAACUGUUCUGAGAAUUAGAAACAAAAAGAAUUAUAGGAAUCAAAAGAAAGAUUUGCUAAUAGUCCACUCCAUCUUCCAAAGUCAACAAACGGCAGUUGAUAUCCAUGUGAGGACAAAAAAGGUCUCAGAACCUGUAGCACAGUCCCUCGGUGUGCAGAUGAGACACUCAGCUGGGAUCAACUGAGAGCGAUGUGCUGUGCAGAGCUGAGGCAGAUCCUGACAUCUGCUUCCCACCCAGCACCCAGCAGUGCCAACACUAGUUCACUUGUCAUUACCCAUAUCAAGUUGGGGUUCUGCAAGCAGAUCAGUAGAGUUGCAUUUGUUCCUCUUACAUCUUUCAGCCAUGUUUUCAAUGCUUAAUUCCAUAUAGUUAAGCCUCUAAAGACAAAGCAAUAUUCCACCACACCCGUAAGAUGUGGUAAAGUGACAAGAAUUUGAUCUUCUCACCAAUAUGCCUGCAAUCCAGAGCAAACUGCCAUGUAAUUAAGUAGCUAGUUUGAUGGAUUUUUUUUUCACUUUGAUGGUUGAUUGUUCAAUAGAGUUGAUGAGCAGUUUAAGCUAAGGCACAAAUCAAAGCCAUGUUGAUAGUAAGAAACCUGGGCUGAUUUCUUCCGAGGAAAGUUACGAUCUAAGAACCACUAUAGAAAUCAUUAACAACUACAGCCUAAGCCAGGAAUUACAGAAGAGCAAAGUCAAAACCUAAGCUCUUCAUUUCCAAUAGGGAGUGGGUUUGGGGUUUUGUUUGUUUGUUUGUUUGUUUGUUUGUUUGUUUGUUUGGAUAACAGUAUGGUUACAAUACAUAAAGAAUUAUUGGGAAGACUUCUAGUCUGUAGGAGCAUUGUCAAUUGAAGUGGAUGUAGCUGUCCAAUGUAGCCGUCCACGGUUCUCACUGCACCACCAACAAGGAAAUAGAAGGAAACCAGUCAUAACUAAACCUACAAUGUUUGGAAGAAAUAAAAUAAAAAAUAAAAAAUUAAAAAAUUAAAAAAAAAAAAAAAACUAAGCUAGGCGUCUGUGAUCCCUUUACCUAAGAGGUAGAGGCACAAGGAUUUCAGUCAGUUUAAGGCCAGCCUGGUCCACAAGGCAAGUUCUCAUCCAGCCAAGCUACAUAGGGAGAUGCUGUCUCAAAAUAAACAAACAAACAAAUAAAUAAAUAAACACUAAAUCCCAAAGUGAAUCCAACAAAAUGGUCAUUAUUUGAGGUGAAAAGUCCCUAUCGGCAACAACCUUAGGAAAUUCAUCUUCAAGGAAAAACCUCUGAAUUGAGGCAAACCUCUUAAAAUACCAUAUAAUGGAGCUAGGAAUGGUGGCAUGCACAUAUAAUCCCAGCACUCAGAAAGCUGAGGCUAGAUGAUCAUGAAGUCCAGCCUGGGCUACACAGUGACACUCUGCCUCAAAAAGAGUUCACAGAAGCCACGUGACAUUCACUGAGCAAACAUUCCCGAGACCAGUGUGAUGAAAACUUCAAGUUGUGUUUUUGCUUUAAAGACAUAUUUGAUGUCAUGCUGGACAUUGUUAUCUACCAUGUUCUAUGUUGUUUUGAAAUCCAGCCUUGUUCAGACGCCUGAGCAUAAAGUGUGCUCGCUCUCAAGAGAACUACAGAUGACUGGCUUUUCUCUUGGUAGUCUCCAACUUCAUUGAGAAGACUUCCCAAGCACUUGUAUUCCCAGAAACAGUGUCUUUUCUGGAAUAAUAGAAACAGAAAGGAAAAGGGGCCAGGCAAACUGAGUUGCUUACAAAGUAAGGUGAGCACUCUGAGAAAUGAGACGUUUAGAAAACCGAGAGGAAGUUACAGCUCAACAUGGGGCAAAGCACAGGCUUGCUCACGCUGGGGAGAGUUCACUUCUGACCAGCAUCCAGAGAGUGAAGGAAGCCAGAGGACUAGGGAUGUCAAGACCAUGUCAUGGCAAACCCUGUGGUAAUAUUAGGAAUUCUGCUCUGCACGGAGGUCCGCAGGUGCUCUUUGCAGCUUUAACGGUACAGGAGAGAAGAAAUCUUCCACAUCCUCUGCCUGUGCGUAGCAGAAAGUCAAGGGAAACUUACUAAGAAACGGGAAUGAAUACAUAAAUAACCUCGAAAGACCCAUGAGCUAAACCUCGAUAAGGCUAACUCCGGAAUACUUGUGCUCAGGCAUAGAGGUGAUAUUGAUUCAUGUUCACAAAGAUAUCCCCAAAUACAAAGAUUAUAUUAAUAAUAACAGAGGCUAUCAGUGCAGAAAAAUAAGAUAAAAUGAUAGAGUUUGUGGUGACUCUGUGGUCAGCAAUAAACAGAAAAGUACCCAGAACACCAAGCUCUCUGCUCAGCCACCAGGGUCUUAGCCUGUCUCUCAGGGGGUCAGAAGGGAGUGAGCCAGGGCCUGGCUCAUGUGUGAAAGGGUGGGGUGUAAGUUCAACCCCAGCCAUGGGCCUUGAGGCUCCAUUCCAAGAAACUAGACUAAUGGCUGGAUGACGAAUCUUGGCUACCACGUGUGCUUUACUUCUAAGGGGCUAUAAUGUUCAAAACAAGGGUUGCUUUGGUGCACCGGUGUUAGAAGCAUGGCCCAGAACCUUCAUAACACUAAAGCCAGAGCAGUGUGUGGUCUUUAGAAACGAACCCCAGGUUUCAGGAUGUGAGAUAUCUUUGCUGAAUGGCACCCAAUCGGUGUCACUGAUGAUGUGAGACCUGCUGCACUGUGAAGAAAGGGAACUUGGACUAGCAGAUCUGGCCUCCCACUGGCCUCCAUGAGGCAGUGUUUGGAGUCUGUUAGACCUUUGGAGGGAAAACAGAAACACUUUCUGAGUAAGAGCGAUACAUCUUCGGCGGUUAAUAGAUACACAUCUAAAAAUCACUUUUCCCCGUCAUCUUGGAUACAUUUGUUAAGCAAUCAGGUUAUUGCCUCUUCAAGAAGCCCCAGGCAAGAAGGUUAAUGAAUCUGCACUCUCAUCACUCAGUAGAAUUGCCUUUGCUCUGAGUAAGCAGCAAGCACAUAUAAUAUAUACAGGGACAUCACCAAAUUGUAACCGCUGUUCUCCCACAUAAGGUGCACAGAGUCAAGGGACUUCCAGCCAACAUGCCCAUUGGCUGGUGUUCCUAUAGUCUCCUAUGUAAUGGCUAUUCUCUGUACUUGUUGCAUAAUUAAUGGAAUAUUAUUUCAUGUACUCUAAUCUCACUGUUUAUCUGUAUCACAUUUUUGACAUGUCAUUAAAUGGCCUUUUUUUUUUCCUGUUCUCA